CCCCCCCCCCUAGAAAUACCUAUACGAUGGCGGACCCAAAUGUUGCAAAUGCGAGGAGUCCAAAUCUCGAAACAUUCUACAAUCGCCCACGCGACCUGAGGCGGGCACGGCCACCGGAUAUCACCAUCCUUAAGAACGAAACCAGAGUCCCACUGCGCCCGGAGAGGUUGUCAAAGCGCGAAUCCAAGAUCGGUAUAAGAAGCAUAUUUGGCAAAUCCAAGACGGUGAAGGAUAAAAAAGCCGCGGAGGAACCCUCGUCUCAACGGGAGUCGUCGCGACACGGCGGAAUACGCAACUCGCUAGCCGAGAUCGGGAAUUGGCCCCAGAGACUUCAACACUCUCGCUCAGAACUCUCUCUCUCCAGCCCGGCUUCGUCGAGGUCUACAGUACCCGAUACCCCGUCGUCGAUGUCGCAAACGCGACAGGGCAGUAUUGGCGUCAGCAAGAGCAAAUCUCACCAACCGGCCUCUUCGAAGAGCAGAGGUUCGGUUACGACCUUCGACCCGCCGCCGCUAUUCCAGAUGUACCCUCAAGCGAUCAAGCAUGCGACGCUACCGACCUGCCUUACCUCGAUAGAUGCUUUGGUCCGCUUGGGCGGCUCGAAAAGUAACCUGACGCAGAACGACCCUUCUCGAAGCGAUCUCGCUCUGGAUCAGGACGAAUCGGAGAAGAAGAAGAAGUCUAAGUCCGCGCCGGAAUGGACGGACAAGAUCUACUCACUCAUUACCUCGGGAUACUUGCUUCAGUACGCGGCCGAGGGUUCCUUUGACAGGCUACCCGAGAAAGUCUUGCAUCUCACUCGAGACUCGGCUGCGUAUGCCACCGACCUGAUCCCCGGGAGGCAUUGGGUUGUUCGGGUGGCUUCCUCUACAGACGCGGACGGGAAUCCGUCAUCGGAUACGAAGUCUUUUCGAACGAAGCUCGCCCUGAGGGGGACCGAGAAGCGGCAGGUCUCCAACAUGCUUCUGGUUUUUGAAAGCCCCGAGAUCAUGGACACAUGGCUUGCCAUCUUGAGGCGAGAAAUCGAGUCCCUGGGGGGUAAGAAGAAGCUUUCGGAGACUGGGAAAGCCGAGGGGGACGACGAAACCGCUAUGCUGAGGGCUCAGGCCAGCCAGAGGACUCUGGUGGUUCGGGAUCCGGACCGGUUCUCGCGCAUCCUCUCGCAGGAUUUCUCGUGGACUCCAGGUAGCGUCCCCGUCGACUCCAACGAAAGCGAAACCCCCAAUCCCCGCAUGUCAGAAUCAACUCUAGAUGACGUCUCGACUACCGUGAGCAUGAUAUCAUCAGAUGGGUUGCGGCUGGAAAAUCUUCGGGAUAGCGGGGGCGGUAUUAGUGGUAACCGGUUCUCCUUCAUCUCAUCUGGCCAGCCAACUAUCGUGUCCUCGGCGGGAUCAUCACCGGUCAACUCCCCCAUUCGCGAGAGCUUCUCUAGUUACGACGACGAUUGUCAGGGCCCGCCCGCCAUGACGAGCCCGGUGCCGAUGCAGGAGGCCAGGCCACGCCCGAAUGCCGCCGCAAUCGUUAACCGCAGACAAUCAAUGCAAAUGAUGAUCCCGCACUUCGAUCCUGACGUAGAUCUCAGCAUCCACCCGGAUCCGGCCUCGCCAAACGUCUUGUCUUCCGCUCUUGACGGCAGGCACCAAUCCGUACCCAACUUUAGUAUACCUCAAACAGUUAAUCGACGGUACUCGACGAUGAAUCUCCCUAGUUCCAGCUCUGGAGUGAGCCAGCAGCAAGUGCCCGAUCGGGACGGGUCUACUAGGCCUCUUCGAAGGAGUUCCCCAAUGGCUCUUUCAGUCUCGCGCCCUCUAUCGAUUGUUCUCGACCAGCCGUCUCCAAGAGCGCCCUACUCAUCAACCCUUUCAACCAGCCGAGUCCUGUCUCAAAAGGUGUCCGGCGGCCUGCCAUCCAGGUCCGCGUCCCAACCUCACGCCACUUCCAAACUAAGGCCACAAGAGAGAUCGGAGGCAUCGAAGCGUAAUUUCAGCUUAUUCCCCAGGCAGCCCGGGAAUCUAGCUCAACGGAGCGGUGGCGCCACCACCAAUACAGGACACCGUGCUAAGGGCAAUUCUCACAGCAGCGUGGAAAUCCCAGCGCAUCCACGCGCCGGAACAGGUCAACCUCACGCCGUCCGUCCAGUCCAGGCUGAGAUUAGGAGUCGUAUGAGCGCGCCAGAGCCGAUACGAAGAGCAGCUUCGUCUUUGGAGAUGCGAAGAGGGUGGACAACUCCGACGGCUAGGCAGUUGGCUUACAAACGAACCACCAUAAUAGCUGAGAGUUCGUCUUCACGCAAUCGUCACUCGUUCAUUUACGCCAAGCAAUACAACCUACCCUCGAUCGAAGAGACGGGCCUCGCGCCACCACCAUUAUUCCCACCAAAUCGCUCGGCACCCUCUCUCAGGACGCCACAGGAGACCCCGUCGACCCCAGAGCAGCCUCUGGCGGUAGAUGCUAGCCCUAAGUCUCUGCUGAGCCGAAGAAGCCUGCCCCAGCUGGCUGAGGGGCCCCCUCCUGCUCCCCCGCCGACGUGCGCCCUUCCACCAAUCCCCGGAAAGCGUUCCAGCACACCUGCGCCCAGCAGCAUUAAGGUGUGAAGCCUAUACCGUAUUUGAUAAUACGCCGUCUUCAUACGGAACUCCCCCCCUUUUUUUUCAUUAAUCUUUUUCUCCCCGUUUCUCCUUCUACUGGGUCCGGUAUUUAUCUUUUUUUU